UUUUUUCUGCAUUUAUACACAAACUCAUCAUAAUCUAUGCUCAAACCUGGAUUACAUGUAAACGAAUGAAAAAACUACUCAAAUCCGAAGUUCACCUCAAAAACGAAGUUUAUUCAAUAUUACCUUGAAAUUCACAUGAGCGUAAUUCUUCAAGUUUGAAGUUCCUUUUGUACUUCCAGAUUUUCUCUUAGAUGGCUUCGUUUCAUGAAAUAAUUUACCUACUAUAACCAUAGAUAAAAUCAACAAAAUAUCAACAAAGAUUUACAAAAAACCAUUUACGAAGGAAGAAAAGAUCUUCGCUCAAAACUAGUCCCAAAACAACCCAAUCGUAAAAAGAUUUAGAAUUUCUAUUCGUGUUAAAUGAACUCUAUAAUUUUACCCUUGGAGAUUUUUAGAAAAUUUUCUACUCUUUAUUCAUAAUGCAUUCUAUUUUUCAAAUUUCCUAGUUAUGGGCUGUAAUGAGCCUAAUUUACCCAUUUGGUAUUGUGAAAUUUUCCCAUUCCUAUAUUACUUCCUUUUAGAUUCUCAAUCCAAAAGAUAUAAAGCCACUCAUUCUUGGCAAAGAGAACGCGCCACUCCUACUCAACCCCUUAAUUUCUUGAUUCAUAUAAUUUGAUUUGACUUUCUUUUAAAAAUAAAUCAAUUGGUUGUUUUUAUUACGAUUUAUUGUUUAAUUACUCUCUGGGUUUCCGCAGGUAGAUUCUUGUUGAAUUUUCGGAUGCAGGACACUAGAAAGUAUGAACAACGCUUCUGCUCGACUUUCCACCAAAGCGAAAGUGGGAUCAUCUCAGCCUCCAGAAAAUUCAUUUAAGCGUAAACGUGGAGUUUUACAAAAAGAUUUGCAGCAUAUGGUGUAUGGUUUUGGCGAUGAUCCAAAUCCACUACCAGAGACCUUGGCACUUGUGGAGGAUGUUGUUGUGGAGUACGUAACAGAUUUGGUCCAUAAAGCUCAAGAUACUGCAUCGAAAGGAGGAAAGCUUUUGACCGAGGAUUUUCUUUUCUUAAUUCGCAAGGACUCGCCGAAAGUUAAUCACUGCACAAAAUUGUUGUCAAUGAAUGAGGAAUUGAAAAAGGUACGAAAGGCUUUUGAGGUAGACAAAGAUACAGUCUUCAACUGAGUGAUGGGGGCAUUGUAAAUCUCAACAACAGACAACAGUUCUAUUUCUGCUGUAUAUGUGGUCCUGCCCUUAAUAUUUUGUUCAAUCUAAUAGCUUCACCUGUUACACAUUUUUUGUAUGUACCAUGCACCGUCUGUUUGUUGGGUUUCAUUCAUUAAUCUCUGAUCAUUGGGUUCAUUGUUUGUU